AUGGCGACAAGUAACAGUUCACUCUUGUUCAAGGCGGCAGAACAGAGUAACGCCGCCAAUCAAGAAGAACCCAAAGUUGAUUCCCCGCCGGAGGACCAAAUCGAAUCGCCCAGGAGUCGAGGGAGAAAACCCAGUAAGGUUCCGGCUCAGAAAAAGCAGCCGCAGAGAGGAAUGGGGGUGGCGCAACUCGAGCGGUUAAGGCUGCAAGAGAGGUGGAAGAAGAUGACGGAUAUUACACAGGUGAAUGCUCUUCAUGUUCCCAAUCAGUUUCACUCUGUGCCGCAUUUACCUUUCACCACUGACUCGAUCGGUGGUGUUCCGGUGCUUCACGGCGGAGCUUAUUACGCGGGACCCACAAUUGGUGGUGACGGGUUACUGUGUUUGGACCCGCGUAUGGUGGCUCACAGGAUCGGAAAUGGCGGAUUUGGUGGGUUUUAUGGUGGUGGGUCCGGGUGUUUGAUGAUGGAUCAGGGUAGGGUUGGAACUCCUGGUUCGGACAUGAGGGUUCAGAUUGAGACGGCGAAAGAGCUCCCUUCAAUACAAACUAUGCUUCAGCAAUCUGGACCCGACUGCUUUGACGCUUGCUCGAAGAAGAAGCGCUCUGAUGGACUGGAUACAGGCUUUAAUGGAUCGGGAAAAGAUCAAUAUGGUCUGAGUUUUUUCUCGUCAAGCAAAAGCUGUGAUUUUGUGGGAGUUGAUCGAGAAAAAAACGCAGGCACCUUCAAUGGAGAUCAUUUCAAUGGAUUUGGCGCUGUGAAAUCAACUAAGAGUCCCCUUUUUGCUUCCCGUGAUUCCAAUGAGCAAGUGGAGGUGAUGGCUAUACACAGGAAAGGAAACUGUGAUGAAAAUGGUGGGAGUUUAGUUAUGGAGUAUGAAUUUUUUCCGGGAAAAACAAGUGAGAAAAUCAUCAAGGAGAAAAGGGGAUGGCCUGCAGAAGCUUCAGUUAAUGCAAUGAGUAAUGGUGAAGCUUCUAAUCAUCUCACUACUAGCACUGCUUCUUAUGCUAAUAGCAGUAGUGAUCCAGCUACUUCCAUUGAUUUGUCUCUAAAGCUCUGA